GAAACUUUGGGCGCGUUGAUUGCACACGACCACGGCCAUCAGCUGGGCUUACCUGGGCAUGCCGCACAUUCACAAUUCUUCCUCGCCGCCUGGAACAACCUUCUCCAAAAGUGAAGCCCCGGACAUGCCUGUACCGCCUGCCGAAUUUGCUCUCCGGAUCACCAGCCAGAGACAAUGUCUAUUCGCGUCCUAAUCAAGGAAUAUCCCCACCGUGCAAUCGCUCUCUCGACCGCGACACAUGCCCUCGUGCUCCGUCAUAGCUCAACUUCAACCGAGCAGAAUGGGCUUUACAACGCCUCUCAGACUUCGCUAUCGAGUAAUGGGGCUGCGGCGGCAAGAUGUAUGGUGGAAUUCUCGACGGUGGAAGAGCUGGAUUUAGGGGAGUACCGGGCCCUGAAUAUGGUCAAUACGCAUGGCACGCUGGGCUUGAUCACCGUGAAUGGGGAUGUUUUCCUGGUCGUGGUGAAUGGGGCGUCCAAGGUGGCGACAGUGAGGCCGGGGGAGACGGUACAGAGGAUACAUUCGGUGGGGUUUUAUUGCUUGAACAGCUCUAGCUAUGAUGCUCUUCUUAACGAUGAAGUAAAUCCUUAUCCGACGGAUACUAUAGACGAUGAAGGCUUUGAAAUGGGCUUUGGGAGAGGGAAGGGAGAGUCUCCGCUGGAACACCCUUGCUUGGCGUUGAAGAAGUUGUUAAGUAGUGGUACAUUUUAUUACAGCUCAGACUUCGACCUUACAAGGCGGCUGCAGGAAAGGUCCUCUGAUGCAGCAACCGUGUCCAUCGACAGUCUCGACGCCGGUUUCCUUUGGAAUUCAUAUAUGAUCCAGCCGUUGGUUGACUUUAGAUCUCGACUAGCCCCCCGCGAGAAGGAAGCACUAGAUGCUUCCGGCAUUCUGACCUCCGCAAUUCGAGGCUUUGCUCUUACCAUUACCAUUCCCUCAUCCACUUCCCCUAUUCGGACGCAACGAUCUGGACUGCCGUCAUCCAUGACUCUUAUUUCUCGACUGUCUUGCAGAAGAGCAGGCACUAGGUUCAAUGCACGUGGCAUUGACGAUGAUGGCAAUGUCGCUAAUUUCGUGGAAACAGAAACAAUAUACUGGGCACCAUCAGGUGUAUGCUUCUCAUACACACAAGUCCGAGGAAGUGUGCCUGUUUUCUGGGAACAGCAGACUGGACUGCUCCCCGGACAGCAGAAGAUUACCAUUACCCGGUCUCCUGAAGCCACUCAACCCGCAUUCGACAAGCACUUCGAAAAUCUAGAGUUGAGCUAUGGCGCGACUCACGUCGUUAAUCUCCUCAGCAAUGAAAAGCCUAACGAGAUGGAAUUGACUAGUCGAUAUCGGUACCACAUCAGGAACAGCCCGCUUAACAGCCAAGAGAAGGGCUCAUCCAGAGACCACGAGCUCAUCCAGCUCACGGAGUUUGACUUCCAUGCUGAGACACGAGGACCAGGGGGUUAUGAGAUGGCUAGUGAGAUUUCUCGGUGGAUUCAGAACUCCGCCGAUAGCUUUGCCUACUACCUAGCUGAAGAGGCAGAGGAGCAUGCGAGGGCAAAUGGAGAGGAGCAUAUUGUCAGAUGUCCAACUACAAUUCUUCAGCAGGAGGGUAUCUUUAGGACGAACUGCCUCGACUGCCUCGAUCGAACCAACCUCGUUCAAACCAUCAUUAGUAAAAUGGCUCUGGAGAUCUUCCUGGGUCAUAAGGGGCUGGGGGCUAACCCUGACUUCUGGAUUAGACACUCAAGCAUGUGGGCGGAUAAUGGAGACGCUCUAUCACGCAUCUAUGCAGGCACGGGAGCGCUUAAGUCAUCAUUCACUCGGCAUGGAAAGAUGUCACUUGCCGGAGCGCUGGCAGAUGCCCGGAAGAGCGCAACGCGCAUGUAUAUCAACAAUUUCGCGGACAAAGGACGACAGAACACGAUUGACAUGCUCCUUGGACGGUUGAUGGGGCAGGUCCCAGUCCAUCUCUAUGAUCCAAUCAACGAUUAUGUCAUGUCGGAACUAAACAAAAGAUCCGCGGAGUUUACUGAAAACGAGGUCAUCCAUAUGCUCGUUGGCACUUUCAACUUAAACGGCAAAACGCAUGGGAUUAAUGAAGAUCUGUCGCCCUGGUUAUGUCCGAAUGUGGAUCCUUCUCAGCAAUGUCCUGAGAUUGUGGCCGUUGGAUUUCAGGAAAUCGUUGAGCUUAGUCCGCAGCAGAUCAUGUCAACAGAUCCAGCAAGGAGGCAGGCCUGGGAGUCUGCGGUUAGGAACUGCUUGAAUAAGAAUGCAUCGAAGCAUGGGAAAGAAGAGUAUGUCCUUCUAAGAGGGGGUCAGCUUGUUGGUGCUUCGUUGUCUGUUUUUGUGAGAGCCAACUCUUUGAAGUUCAUCAAGAAUGUUGAAGGCAGUUUAAAGAAGACUGGCAUGUCUGGGAUGGCAGGCAACAAAGGCGCGGUAGCAAUUCGUAUGGAGUAUGCCAAUACUUCCAUCGUCUUCGUCACAGCCCAUCUUGCAGCAGGCUUCGCCAACUAUGAAGAACGAAAUCGAGACUACAGAACCAUCAGUCAUGGCUUGCGAUUCCAAAGGAAUCGCUCCAUCGAAGACCACGAUACAGUUGUUUGGCUCGGAGACUUCAACUACCGAAUAGGUCUGAGUAAUGAAAAGGUACAAAGACUCUGCCAUGUUGGCGAUCUAGAGACUCUAUAUGAAAACGACCAGCUCAAUCUUCAAAUGGUCGCCGGCCUAACAUUCCCUUACUAUUCCGAAGCCCGCAUCACCUUCCUCCCCACCUACAAGUAUGAUCUUGGCACCGACACCUACGACACUUCCGAAAAGGCACGUAUACCCGCGUGGUGCGAUCGCGUGUUACGCAAAGGCGACAACAUCCGACAAAUCAACUACGACGCCGCACCUCUGAAAUUCUCCGAUCAUCGUCCUGUGUAUGCCACAUUCCAAUGCCUGAUCAGCAAAGUCGACGAGAAGAAAAGAGAACGGUUAAGCCAGGAAAUGUACCGACAGCGCCGCGGCGUCGUUGGCGAUACAAGGGCAGGCGGGGGACUAGAAGAUACCGACGAUGAAGAUUUGAUCGGGUAUGAUAGCAUUGAGCCAGGGUUACCGCCUGCGAGCUCUGAUCGUAAGAAGUGGUGGCUUGAUAAUGGUCUGCCUGCGAGAUCGAGAGUCCAACCACCAAGUAACGACCACUUCCCCAACCCGAAGAGACCAAGUAAUCCGUUUACCCCAAGCCCAGAGCCAGAUUGGGUCGAGGUUAAGCGGAUGGGAAGGCCGCCUGAGCCGCCGCCGGCGAGGGGCUCGACCAGAACGAAGACGGUGGAUUUUAAUGGGAAUGGCACAGACAAGGGAGUGGGUAGGAGUAUGCCGAGCGUGUUGGCGAGUUCGACAACCAGUCUUGCAAAUACGAAAGCUAUGGCUAGGAAGCUUACUGUGCAGCCUUUCAACCCGAAUUCUAAUAGCAGUUCCCCUGGUGUUUCGAACUUUGAUGGAACAAAAGACACGCCAACAAACAUACCAACACGAUUAUCACGCUCCCCAUCCAACACGUCCAUACACUCUCUCCCGAACCUCCCCGUCCGUCCCGCUACCAACUCCCAAUCCCACCCACCAAACCCGUCAAACCUCUCAUCCCAAAUCCAGGUCCAAAUAUCUCGUAAACCCGCACCCCCUAUCCCGACCAAAAAACCAAGCCUUCUAUCAGCCUCUCUCUCCCUCUCUCCAGCUUCUACGCCAUCGCUACCACCGCCAUCCAAUGGCUAUAGAGAAAAUCCAGUGGAAGCACAAUCGCAACAGAGACCACACCCUCCACCUCCUCGUCGGUCAAUGGCCACUGCACAGACUUCCGCGUCUAGAAGCCGGAAAAUCUCAAGCCAGGAGAUGCAACAGAGUCUACUGGACACUAAUCCCCACGAGGAGAAGAGACCGCCGCUUCCGCCUCGAGCUGGCACGGGCAGUAGCACUGGCUCAGCGCCCACUUCUGUGAGAGGCAAACGAACAAAUGUAGGCGGAGGUGGAAGCGAGAAUUUAUUAGACGAUGAGCCGUCCGAGGAAUUGGAGGCGCUGAAAGGGUGGGAGGUCUUACGGCCUGUGAGGUGAUAGAGAGAUAGUUAUCAAUAUUGACAACGAUAGACUGAACUCGGGCUUUUAGAAAGGUAGAGCGGGGUUAGUUUGUCGGCAGGUUUUCAGUUCACAUGGUAUGAAGUCUGGCGAGAUGCUUGGUGUUCAUGGUGCGCGUGUGUCAUGCGUAAGUGCUCAGAGCGGUGCGGUUGAUUUCUGUGAAGUAGCUACUGCUCUUUUAGCGUUGGUGUAAUUUAGAGCGAACGGAAAAAGGUGGAUGACCUUCGGGACUGGGCUCGUUAUGGAUAGAGAAAUGGGCACGAAAAGUUCACUUAG